GUAUCAGUACAGAGAAGCAGGGACUUUUCUGGCUAGCUAGCGCUCCACUCUGGCACCUCGGUUAUAUCAAUAUUUGACAUCACAUGAGAAACAAAUAACAUCAGGUGACAGCUGAACCAAUGGACCUUGAGUUUUAACACAGCUAUUAUAGCUAGCGAGGUAGCUAGCUAGCUAGCUAUUUAGAGCGGUUGACCCAUCGAACAUUAGCUAGCGGACUAACGUUAGCUUGCUAACUUACCCCACAAGAAAAAUGCCCCCAUUAAAAUUCUGCGCGAAUCUUUCGUGGUUGUUUACGGACCUGCCAGAGUUUACCCAGAGAAUCUACGCUGCAGCGUCGGCUGGGUUUCAGGCUGUGGAGGCAGCAUGGCUGUAUGACUCUGACUUACAGGAGCUCCAGAGAGUCAAGAAUGCUACUGGGGUUGAUGUGGUGCUGAUCAACACACCUCUUGGUAAGACAGAGAGGUGGUACUGGUGUAAACAGCUAGCUAUUUUCAUGUUAGUGUUGACAGCAGCCCAGGCUACUGUACUAACUAUAUACGAUACAAAAUCAAUAAAUAUGUUGCCAUUUGGAAGGAAACUCAACCCACUGAUCCACAAGAAUGUGCUACUAUUUAUUCUGAACAUUGACUUGACAUAACUGUGUUUUGUAGGCGAUGCUAAGGCAGGUGAUCUUGGUCUGGGUGCUGUUCCUGGCAGAGAGGAGGACUUCAGAAAGGGUCUGGAUCUGGCCAUGCAGUACGCCAAGGCUCUGGACUGCAGGAGGUGAGAGCGAAACACACAGUCACGCACACAUUGAUUGACAGCACAGCUCAUCUGUAGCCGACUAUACAAUGCAUCAGGUGACAAACAGCUUCACUGUAUGCCAGGGCUAUUCAACUGGCGACUGUGGGCCAGAUCUGGCCCGUUUAUCAAUUGUAGAAUGGCACUUUGAUAAAUUCUGAACAUUUUUAUUUAUCCCUGCAGAAAUGUGAUGUUUAGUGCCAAAGGGAGCCCUUGUUCAAUAUUCUCCAAUGGGAGAAUCUGUGUUCCUGUAGUCCUGCCCAUUAAGGGCUGUCAAUCAAUAUCACCCAACAUACCAGUUACAGCCAAUCAAAGCUACUAAUGGGUACACUGUCUGUUUGCCCGCCUAUCGGCGCUGUCACUGCAGAUGAGAUCACUACACUGCCUGAUAGUGUGUGCUUUGCGCUUAACUCAGCGAUACGUUAAAACACCAUGGACUCAGUUAUGGCUAUCAUAAACUUUAUCUGAUCAACAUCUUGCCUGCAACAUCACUUGUUUCGUAGUCUGCUGAGCAUCAUGAUCUACUUUUACAUAAUGAUGUUCGGUGGCUAAGCAAGGGUAAUAAUGCUGUCAAGAGAGCAGCCUGUAUGUGAGCUUAGGGUGGAGAUGGUUGCUUUUCUCUGCGAUUGCCUUCAGAAAGUAAUCAUACCCCUUUUCCCACAUUUUGUUGUUACACCCUUAAAAUUGAUUAAAUUUAGAUUUUUGUCACUGGCCUACAGAUAAUACCCCAUAAUGUCAGUGGAAUUAUGUUUUUAGACAUUAAAAAAAAUGAAAAGCUGAAAUGUCUUGAGUCAAUAAGUAUUCAACCCCUUUGUUAUGGCAAGCCUAAAUAAGUUCAGGAGUAAACAUUUGCUUAACAAGUCACAUACGUUGCAUGGACAAUAAUAGUAUUUAACAUGAUUUUUAAAUGACUGCCUCAUCUCUUUACCCCACACAUACAAUUAUCUGUAAGGUCCCUCAGUCGAGCAUUGAAUUUCAAACACAGAUUCAACCACAAAGACCAGGGAGGUUUUCCAAUGCCUCACAAAGGGCAACUACUGGUAGAUGGGUAAAAAAAAAAAAUACUGACAUUUAAUAUCCCUUUGAGCAUGGUAAAGUUAUUAAUUACACUUUGGAUGGUGUCUUUCAUAACUCAGUUGCCGGAGAGGAAGGAAACCACUGAGGGAUUUCACCAUGAGGCCAAUGGGACUUUAAAAUAGUUAGAGUUUAAUGGCUGUGAUAGGAGAAAACUGAGGAUGGAUCAACAUUGUAGUUACUCCACAAUAAUAACCUAAUUGACAGAGUGAAAAGAAGGAAGACUGUACAGAAUUAAAUAUUCCAAAACAUGCAUCCUGUUUGCAACAAGGCACUAAAGUAAUACUGCAACAAAUGUGGCAAAGCAAUUCACUUUUUGUCCUGAAUACAAAGUGUUAUGUUUGGGGCAAAUCCAAUACAAGACAUUACUGAGUACCACUCUGCAUAUUUUCAAGCAUAGUGGUGGCUGCAUCAUGUUAUGGGUAUGCUUGUAAUCGUUAAGGACUGGGAAGUUUUUCAGGAUAAAAUAUUUACGGAAUGGAGCAAAGCACAGGCAAAAUCCUAGAAGAAAACCUGGUUCAGUUUGCUUUCCACCAGACACUGGGAGAUUAAUUCACCUUUCAGCAGGACAAUAACCUAAAAUACAAGGUCAAAUCUACACUGGAGUUGCUUACAAGAAGACUGUGAAUGUUCCUGAGUGGCUGAGUUAUAUUUUCAAGCAGAUUUAAGUCAAAACUAUGGCAAGACCUAAAAAUGGUUGUCUAGCAAUGAUCUACAACCAAUUUGACAGAGCUUGAAGAAUUUUGAAAAUAAUAAUGGGCAAAUGUUGCACAAUACAGGUGUGGAAAGCUCUUAGACUUACCCAGAAAGACUUACAGCUGUAAUUGCUGUCAAAGGCGCUUCUACAAAGUAUUGACUCAGGGGUGUGAAUACUUAUGUAAAUUAGAUAUGUAUUUAUUUCAUUUUCAAUAAAUUAGCAAACAUGUUUUCACUUUGUCAUCAUGGGGUAUUGUGUGUAGGUGGGUGAGAAAAAAACAUUUGAUUUAAUCAAUUUUGAAUUCAGGCUGUAACACAACAAAAUGUGGAACAAGUCAAGGGGCAUGAACUUUCUGAAGGCACUAUCUAGCGAAAAUGCUUGAUGAGGAGUUCAUAUCAGAUGUUUUUAUUUUUUGUGACAUCUUCAAUCAAUUGAAGGGACUUAAUUUGGGACUACAGGGGAAGGAUAAAACCGUUAUUGACACUAUUGAAAAACUGACUUCUUUUAAAAAUACAUUUAGUUUCUCCUCUGAUUUGAGCCCAAACAAAACGCACCAUUUCCCUACACCGCGCAACUAUAUCCAGUCAUGGUGGUGCAGUUUGUUAUAGGGACCCGUUGUCUAUUGAUGUGGGGGUAGAGGGACUUAUCAGCAAAAGCUAGUCAACUGAGAAAUGCCAUGCAUAAAAGGUUUCUGUGUAAAAAAAAAAAACGAAACAAGACAGAGAAAAUAACAAAAUAAUAAACAAAUAGAACAGAAUACAGUGCAUUCGGAAAGUAUUCAGACCCCUUGACUUUUUCCAAAUUUUGUUACGAUACAGCCUUAUUCUAAAAUGUAUAACUUUUAUUUUUUUUGCUCAUCAAUCUACACACUACCCAAAAAAUAACAAAGCAAAAACAGGUUUUUAGAAAUGUUAGCUUUUUAAAAAUAUAUACAUUUGCUAUCACAUUUACAUAAAUAUUCAGACCCUUUAUUCAAUACUUUGGCAGCGAUUACAGCCUUGUGUCUUCUUGGGUAUAACGCUACAUACUUGGCACACCUGUAUUUGUGGAGUUUCUCCUGUUCUUCUCUGCAGAUCCUCUCAAGCUCUGUCAGGUUGGAUGGGGAGCGUCGCUACACAGCUAUUUUCAGGUCUCUCCAGAGAUGUUCAAUCGGGGGUCAAGUCCGGGCUCUGGCUGGGCCACUCAAGGACAUUGAGACUUGUCCCGAAGCCACUCCUGCGUUGUCUUGGCUGUGUGCUUAGGGUCGUUGUCCUGUUGGAAGUUGAAACUUCGCCCAGUCUGAGGUCCUGAGCGCACUGGUGCAGGUUUUCAUCAAGGAUCUCUCCGUGCUUUGCGCCGUUAAUCUUUCCCUCGAUCCUGACUAGUCUCCCAGUCCCUGACACUGAAAAACAUCCCCACAGCAUGAUGAUGCUGCUACCACCAUGCUUCACCGUAGAGAUGGUGCCAGGUUUCCUCCAGACAUGACGCUUGGCAUUCAGGCCAAAGAGUUAAUUCUUGGUUUCUUUUGGCAAACUCCAAGCAGGCUGUCAUGUGCCUUUUACUGAGGGUUGGCGUCCAUCUGGCCACUCUAACAUAAAGACGUGAUUGGUUGAGUGCUGCAGAGAUGGUUGUCCAUCUGGAAGGUUCUCCCAUCUCCACAGAGGAACUCUGGAGCUCUGUCAGUGACCAUCGGGUUCUUGGUCACCUCCCUGACCAAGGCCCUUCUCCCCCAACUGCUCAGUUUGGCCGGGCAGCUAGCUCUAGGAAGAGUCUUGGUGGUUCCAAACUUCUUCCAUUUAAGCAUGAUGGAGGCCACUGUGUUCUUGGGGACCUUCAAUGCUGCAGACAUUUUUUGGUACCCUUCCCCAGAUCUGUGCCUCGACACAAUCCUGUCUGGGAGCUCUACGGACAAUUCCUUCGACCUCAUGGCUUGGUUUUUACUCUGACAUGCACUGUCAACUGUGGGACCUUAUAUAAACAGGUGUGUGCCUUUCCAAAUCAUGUCCACUCAAUUGAAUUUACCACAGGUGGACUCCAGUCAAGUUGUAGAAACAACAAGGAUGAUCAAUAGAAACAGGAUGCACCUGAGCUCAAUUAUCGAGUCUCAGAGCAAAGGGUCUGAAUACCUAUGUAAAUAAAUACAUUUUUAAUAAAUGUGCAAAAAUGUCUAAAAAAACAGUUUUCACUUUGUCAUUAUGGGGUAUUGUGUGUAGAUUGAUGAGGGUUUGUAUUUAUUUAAUCCAUUUUAGAAUGAGGCUGUAACGUAACAAAAUAAGGGAAAAGUAAUCAAGGCAAAGGGUGGCUAUUUGAAGAAUCUCAAAUAUAAAAUAUAGUUUGAUUUAACACUUUUUUUGUUUACUACAUGAUUCCAUAUGUGUUAUUUCAUAGUUUUGAUGUCUUCACUAUAAUUCUACAACGUAAAAAAUAGUAAACAUAAAGAAAAACCCAUGAAUGAGUAGGUGUCCAAACUUUUGACUGGUAGUGUGUAUACAUACAUACAUACAUACAUACAUACAUACAUACAUACACACACACACUACCGACUACCGUUCAAAAGUUUGGGGUCACUUAGAAAUGUCCUUUUUCAAAAGAAAAGCAAAAAAAAAAUAUUCCAUUAAAAUAACAUCAAAUUGAUCAGAAAUACAGUGUAGACAUUGUUAAUAUUGUAAAUGGCUAUUGUAGCUGGAAACUGCUUAUUUUUUUAAAUGGAAUAUCUACAUAGGCAUACAGAGGCCCAUAUAUAUAUAUAUAUAUAUAUAUAUAUAUAUAUAUAUAUAUAUAUAUAUAUAUAUAUAUAUAUAUAUAUAUACACACACACACACACAGUGGGGAGAACAAGUAUUUGAUACACUGCCCAUGUUGCAGGUUUUCCUACUUACAAAGCAUGUAGAGGUCUAAUUUUUAUCAUAGGUACACUUCAACCGUGAGAGACGGAAUCUAAAACAAAAAUCCAGAAAAUCACAUUGUUCGAAGUAAUUAAUUUGCAUUUUAUUGCAUGACAUAAGUAUUUGAUACAUCAGAAAAGCAGAACUUAAUAUUAGGUACAGAAACCUUUGUUUGCAAUUACAGAGAUCAUACGUUUCCUGUAGGUCUUGACCAGGUUUGUACACACUGCAGCAGGGAUUUUGGCCCACUCCUCCAUACAGACCUUCUCCAGAUCCUUCAGGUUUCGGGGCUGUCGCUGGGCAAUACGGACUUUCAGCUCCAUCCAAAGAUUUUCUAUUGGGUUCAGGUCUGGAGACUGGCUAGGCCACUCCAGGACCUUGAGAUGCUUCUUACGGAGCCACUACUUAGUUGCCCUGGCUGUGUGUUUCGGGUCGUUGUCAUGCUGGAAGACCCAGCCACGACCCAUCUUCAAUGCUCUUACUGAAGGAAGGAGGUUGUUGGCCAAUAUCUCGCGAUACAUGGCCCCAUCCAUCCUCCCCUCAGUAUGGUGCAGUCGUCCUGUCCCCUUUGCAGAAAAGCAUCCCCAAAGAAUGAUGUUUCCACCUCCAUGCUUCACGGUUGGGAUGGUGUUCUUGGGGUUGUACUCAUCCUUCUUCUUCCUCCAAACACAGCGAGUGGAGUUUAGACCAAAAAGCUCUCUUUUUGUCUCAUCAGACCACAUGACCUUCUCCCAUUCCUCCUAUGGAUCAUCCAGAUGGUCAUUGGCAAACUUCAGACGGACCUGGACAUGCGCUGGCUUGAGCAGGGGGACAUUGCGUGCGCUGCAGGAUUUUAAUCCAUGACGGCGUAGUGUGUUACUAAUGGUUUUCUUUGAGACUGUGGUCCCAGCUCUCUUCAGGUCAUUGACCAGGUCCUGCCGUGUAGUUCUGGGCUGAUCCCUCACCUUCCUCAUGAUCAUUGAUGCCCCACGAGGUGAGAUCUUGCAUGGAGCCCCAGACCGAGGGUGAUUGACCGUCAUCUUGAACUUCUUCCAUUUUCUAAUAAUUGCACCAACAGUUGUUGCCUUCUCACCAAGCUGCUUGCCUAUUGUCCUGUAGCCCAUCCCAGCCUUGUGCAGGUCUACAAUUUUAUCCCUGAUGUCCUUACACAGCUCUCUGGUCUUGGCCAUUGUGGAGAGGUUGGAGUCUGUUUGAGUGUGUGGACAGGUGUCUUUUAUACUGGUAACAAGUUCAAACAGGUGCAGUUAAUACAGGUAAUGAGUGGAGAACAGGAGGGCUUCUUAAAGAAAAACUAACAGGUCUGUGAGAGCAGGAAUUCUUACUGAUAAUAAUAAAUAAUAAUAUGCCAUUUAGCAGACGCUUUUAUCCAAAGCGACUUACAGUCAUGCGUGCAUACAUUUUUUUGUGUAUGGGUGGUCCCGGGGAUCGAACCCACUACCUUGGCGUUACAAGCGCCGUGCUCUACCAGCUGAGCUGCAGAGGACCACUGGUUGGUAGGUGAUCAAAUACUUAUGUCAUGCAAUAAAAUGCUAAUUCAUUACUUAAAAAUCAUACAAUGUGAUUUUCAGGAUUUUUGUUUUAGAUUCCAUCUCUCACAGUUGAAGUGUACCUAUGAUAAAAAAUUACAGACCUCUACAUGCUUUGUAAGUAGGAAAACCUGCAAAAUCGGCAGUGUAUCAAAUACUUGUUCUCCCCACUGUAUAUAUAUAUAUACAAACACACACACAGUGCAUUCGGAAGUAUUCAGACCCCUUGAGAGAUCUGCAGAGAAGAAUGGGAGAAACUCCCCAAAUACAGGUGUGCUAAGCUUGUAGCAUCAUACCCAAGAAGGCUCGAGGCUGUAAUCGUUGCCAAAUGUGCUUUAACAAAGUAGUGAGUAAAGGGUCUGAAUACUUAUGUAAAUGUGAUAUUUCAGUUUUAUUUUAUUUGAUAAAUUAGCAAAAAUGUCAACAGUUUUUGCUUUGUCAUUAUGGGGUAUUGUGUGUAGAUUGAUGAAGGAAAAAUGCACUGCAUAUCUAUAUGCAACAUGUAAAGUGUUUGUACCAUGUUUCAUGAGCCGGACAAAAAGAUCCCCGAAAUGUUCCAUACACAAAUAAAGCUUAUUGUGCACAAAUUUGUUUACAUCCCUGUUAGUGAGCAUUUAUCCUUUGCCAAGAUAAUCCAUACACCUGACAGGUGUGGCAUAUCAAGAAGCUGAUUAAACAGCAUGAUCAUUACACAGGUGCACCUUGUGCUGGGGACAAUAAAAGGCCACUCUAAAAUGUGCAGUUUUGUCACACAAUGCCACUGAUGUCUCAAGUUUUGAGGGAGUGUGCAGUUGGCAUGCUGACUGCAGGACUGUCCACCAGAGCUCUUGCCAGAGAAGUGAAUGCUCAUUUCUUUACCAUAAGCUGCCUCCAACGUAGUUUCAGAGAAUUUGGCAGUACGUCCAACUGGCCUCAGAACCGGAGACCACGUGUAACCACGCCAGCGCAGGACCUCCACAUCCGGCUUCUUCACCUGCGGGAUCGUCUGAGACCAGCCACCCAGACAGCUUAUGAAACUGAGGAGUAUUUCUGUCUGUAAUAAAGCCCUUUUGUGGGGAAAAACUAAUUUUGAUUGGCUGGGCCUGGCUCCCCAGUGGGUCAAACUGGCUCCCAAGUGAGUGCGCCCCUGCCCAGUCAUGCGAAAUCCAUAGCCUAGGGCCUUGAAUUUAUUUCAAUUGACUGAUUUCUUAAUGAACUGUAACUCAGUAAAAUCAUUGAAAUUGUUGCAUAUUGUGAUUUAUAUUUUUGUUCAGUGUGCAUAUAUUUUUAAGUGGGCCGCCUAUUGGGGGACCCUGCCAUAAAGUAAAGUGUGUUGGUAUUUAUACCCUUUCAUAAAUUAAAUGUUUCCUCAGGAUCCACUUGAUGGCUGGGAGGGUACCUGUGGGGGCGGACCGAGGUACCAUUGCCGUGGAAAUGGAGGACACCUUUGUUCAAAACCUGAAACAUGCUGCCGAUGUCCUCUCAAAUGUGAAUCUCCAUUAAAGGGGCUUUUUAGUCCAGGACUAGGUUUAAUGUGUGUCCGGCCCAUAGUGUUUGUAAUAAGGAGUCCCAUUUUGUGUUGUGCUUUUUUCUCAGGAAGGCAUCACUGGCCUGAUUGAGCCCAUCAACACACGGAUAACAGAUCCCAGAUAUUUCCUGGACAGUCCACAUCAGGGUAAGGCGCUGGUCCUAAUUGAAGAAGUGGCGCCGGAGAAGAUGGCUGCCAUUUUACAGCCCUCUAACCAAUUGUACUAUUAUGUAUGUUUUUUCGCGUUAUUUGUAAUUUAUUAUGUACAUAAUGUUUCUGCUACUGUCUUUUAUGACCAAAAAGAGCUUCUGGAUAUCAGGACAGCGAUUACUCACCUCGUAUUGGACGAAGAUUUUUUAUUCAAUGAGCCGGACGCGAAGGAUAUCCUACAGACACCCGACAAGGCCCAAAUCCCCGUCAUUCGCAUGAGAAAGAGACAGAGAUAUCGUGGACGUAGGUCGGGGUGCCUUGUAAAGAUCUGACGGCGAGCGAGUAAAACUGCCUCUUCCAUCAAUCCUAUUAGCCAAUCUUCAAUCAUUUGAGAACAAAUUGGAUGACCUAAGAUUACGGUUAUCCUACCAACGGGACAUUAAAAACUGUAAUCUCUUAUGUUUCACCGAGUCGUGGCUGAACGACGACAUGGACAGCAUACAGCUGAUGGGAUAUACAUCGGCAGGAUAGAACGGCUGACUCCGGUAAGACAAGGGGUGGCGGUCUGUGUAUAUUUGUAAACAACAGUUGGUGCACAAAAUCUAAUACUAAGGAAGUCUCUAGGUUUUGCUCGCCUGAGGUAGAGUAUCUACUGAUAAGCUGUAGACCACACUAUUUACCAAGAUACUUUUCAUCUAUAUUUUUCGUGCCUGUCUAUCUACCACCACAAACCAAUGCUGGCAUUAAGAUUGCACUCAAUGAGCUGUAUAAGGCCAUAAGUAAACAGGAAAACGCUCAUCCAGAAGCAGCGCUCCAAGUGGCCGGGGACUUUAAUGCAGGGAAACUUAAAUCCGUUCUACCUAAUUUCUACCAGCAUAUUAAAUGUGCAACCAGAGGAAAAAAAAACUCUAGACCACCUUUACUCCACACACAGAGACACAUACAAAGCUCUCCCUCGCCCUCCAUUUGGCAAAUCUGACCAUAACUCAAUCCUCCUGAUUUCUGCUUAUAGCAAAAACUAAAGCAGGAAGCACCAGUGACUCGGUUAAUAAAAAAGUGGUCAGAUGAUGCAGAUGCUAAGCUACAGGACUGUUUUGCUUGCACAGACUGGAAUAUGUUCCGGGAUUCUUCAGAUAGCAUUGAGGAGUACACCACAUCAGUCACUGGCUUCAUCAAUAAGCACAUCGAUGACGUCGUCCCCACAGUGACCGUACGUACAUGACGUCGUCCCCACAGUGACCGUACGUACAUACCCCAACCAGAAGCCAUGGAUUACAGGCAACAUCCGCACUGAGCUAAAGGGUAGAGCUGCCGCUUUCAAGGAGCGGGACUCUAACCCGGACGCUUAUAAGAAAUCCCACUAUGUCCUCCGACGAACCAUCAAACAGGCAAAGAGUCAAUACCGGACUAAGAUUAAAUCGUACUACACCGGCUCUGACACUCGUCGGAUGUGGCAGGGCUUGAAAACUAUUACAGACUACAAAAGGAAGCACAGCCGCGAGCUGCCCAGUGACACAAGCCUACCAGACGAGCUAAAUCACUUCUAUGCUCGCUUCGAGGCAAGCAACACUGAAGCAUGCAUGACAGCACCAGCUGUUCCGGAUGACUAUGUGAGUAAGACUUUUAAGCAGGUCAACAUUCACAAGGCUGCAGGGCCAGACGGAUUACAAGGACGUGUACUCCGAGCAUGUGCUGACUAACUGGCAAGUGUCUUCACUGACAUUUUCAACAUGUCCCUGACUGAGUCUGUCAUACCAACAUGUUUCAAGCAGACCACCAAUAGUCCCUGUGCCCAAGGACACUAAGAUAACCUGCCUAAAUGACUACCGACCCGUAGCACUCACGUAUGUAGCCAUGAAGUGCUUUGAAAGGCUGGUCAUGGCUCACAUCAACACCAUUAUCCCAGAAACCCUAGACCCACUCCAAUUUGCAUACCGCCCCAACAGAUCCACAGAUGAUGCAAUCUCUAUUGCACUCCACACUGCCCUUUUCCAACUGGACAAGAGGAACACCUACGUGAGAAUGCUGUUCAUUGACUACAGCUGAGCGUUCAACACCAUAGUGCCCUCAAAGCUCAUCACUAAGCUAAGGAUCCUGGGACUAAACACCUCCCUCUGCAACUGGAUCCUGGACUUCCUGACGGGUCACCCCCAGGUGGUAAGGGUAGGUAACAACACAUUUGCCACGCUGAUCCUCAACACGGGGGCCCCUCAGUGGUGCGUGCUCAGUCCCCUCCUGUACUCCCUGUUCACCCAUGACUGCAUGGCCAGGCACGACUCCAACACCAUCAUUAAGUUUGCUGACGACAACAGUGGUAGGCCUGAUCACCAACAACGAUGAGACAGCCUAUAGGGAGGAGGUCCGAGACCUGGCCGUGUGGUGCCAGGAUAACAACCUCUCCCUCAACGUGAUCAAGACAAAGGAGAUGAUUGUGGUCUACAGGAAAAAAGAGGACUGAGCACGCCCCCAUUCUCAUCGACGGGGCUGUAGUGGAACAGGUUGAGAGCUUCAAGUUCCUUGGUGUCCACAUCACCAACGAACUAUCAUGGUCCAAACACACCAAGACAGUCGUGAAGAGGGCACGACAAAGCCUAUUCCCCCUCAGGAGACUGAAAAGAUUUGGCAUGGGUCCUCAGAUCCUCAAAAAGUUCUACAGCUGCACCAUCGAGAGCAUCCUGACUGGUUGCAUCACCGCCUGGUAUGGCAACUGCUCGGCCUCCGACCGCAAGGCACUACAGAGGGUAGUGCGUACGGCCCAGUACAUCACUGGGGCCAAGCUUCCUGCCAUCCAGGACCUCUAUACCAGGCAGUGUCAGAGGAAGGCCCUCAAAAUUGUCAAACUCCAGCCACCCUAGUCAUAGACUGUUCUCUCUGCUACCGCACGGCAAGCGGUACCGGAGCUCCAAGUCUAGGUCCAAAAGGCUUCUCAACAGCUUCUACCCCCAAGCCAUAAGACUCCUGAACAGCUAAUCAUUGCUACCUGGACUAUUUGCACUGCCCCCCCACCCUCACCCCCCUCUUUUACGCUGCUGCUACUCUAUCUAUUAUUUAUGCAUAGUCACUAACUCUACCCACAUGUACAUAUUACCUCUUACCUGGACUACCCGGUGCCCCCGCACAUUGACUCUGCACCUGUACCCCCCCUGUAUAUAGCCUACCUACUGUUAUUUUAUUUUACUGCUGCUCUUUAGUUAUUUGCUUUUUAUAAUUUUUUCUUAACACAAAACAAUUAAAUAAAAUGCAUUGUUGGUUAAGGGCUUGUAAGUAAACAUUUCACUGUAAUGUCUACACCUGUUGUAUUUGGCACAUGUGGCAAAUACAAUUUGAUUUGAUAAUUCAACAGCUUGUGAUGCUUUUCCAUGGCAAGGUGGCCUGGGAAUCAAAACUGAUUGAAUGAAACAAUAUUGAAGCAUGGCAUGAUUUCCAGGCUAUAGUAUUAGGCUUAGCCCUAUAAAGACAAGCAAUCAAAAUGAAGACUUACAGUUUAGAAUAAGUAUUUAAAUGUGUACCUGUGAACCAAUGUUAACAUUCACUGCACAAGUGGAUUUGUAUUACUAAUACUGUUUAUAACCUAUUCGUAUAAUCUUUCACCCUAGCGGCUGCUAUCCUGCAGAAAGUUGGCCAGCCAAAUAUCAAACUGCAGAUGGUAAGUAUCUGUCAGUUUAUCUUGAUGAUGAACAAUGCCAUUAAUAGUGCUAGGUAAUAUUUUAUUACCUAGUCUACUGCCAACAAAUCCUAGCCUGGUCAGUGGUCCAAGAUCUCUUUCUGUUCUUGUCAACAUCAUUGCUCAUUGUUUGGUGUAACAAGGAUUUGGCAUGAUGGCAGAAACAGACUGGCACUCAGGCUAAACAGAUCUUUCCUCUGUUUGGAACUAAUGGUUGAUUCAGAUACACACCGAGCAAUUAUUGAGUUGGUUGUUGAGUUAAACUUUUAGCCAGUGGCUGAGCCAGACAAACAUAUAGCCAGAAGACAGAACAAAACAUCUUGUUUGUUUUUGUCCCACUAGACAUAGUAUUUUGUUCUAGGAAGGGACUUGCCUUUGCAAAGUCUGUCUGUCUCUUGGGAGAACCUAUCCUAGUUUGUAUUCAAUAACCUGAGAAUUCCCUCAGCUUUUUAAGGCAGUUUAAUGUGGAGAGGUUCUUCAUAUCCCUGUAAAUUCUACUGCUUAAAUCUUACUGACAGAAGCCAUCUUGUGUCCCUCUGUGCUGCAGGACGUCUUCCACUGGCAGAUAAUGGACGGCAACUUGACACAGAACAUACAUAAAUAUUUCCCGCUCAUUGGUUAGUGGUGUUGUUUGUGAUACUAGUGCAGAUAGCAAGUUACACAGGAAACAUAACGUAUUAGUCCCAUACCAUCAGCAGCAAAUCGGGCACAUCAGAUUGUGUCCAAGCAUCCAUGUCCACAUGAUUGACCUAUGAUAGUAGUAUAAAAUGUUAUUUCUGUAAUGGUAAUGAAAUAUCAAUUUUCUUCCCUCAUUCUCUUUUACAGGUCACAUCCAGAUAGCCCAGGUGCCCAGCAGGAACGAGCCAGACAGUGCAGGAGAACUGAACUUCCCAUACCUCUUCAGUCUACUGGAGGAGAUGGGUUACCAGGGAUACAUUGGCUGUGAAUACAAACCACUAGGUGAGAGCUGGGAUCCAUCCCAAAUGGCACACUAUUCCUUAUAAAAGUAUAGUGCACAACUUUUUACCAGGGCCCAUAGGGAAUAGGAUGCCAUUUGGCACUCUGCCCUGUACUCCCUCACAUUUAAUGGUGGACUAAUUGGUGUCUUAAUUAACUAAACUACCUUUAAGCUGCGUUUACACAGGCAGCCCAAUUCUGAUAUUUUAUCCACUACUUGGUAUUUUGACCAAUCACAUUAGAUCUUUUAAAGAGCUGACCUGAUUGGUCAAAAGACCAAUUAGUGAAAAAAAAAGAUCAGAAUGGACUACAGUUCGAUUCAUUGUUACAAAAUUGUAGGUUAAACUGGUUCUUGCCUCACUUCAUACAUCAUAUGUAUAAUUCAGAGUGUGCUAGGGGCAUGAUAAUGGCAGUGUGUGUGUAUUAAGUAUCAACUGUCAUUUCAGGCUCUACAAAUGAAGGUCUUGGUUGGGUGAAAGAUUACUUGAAGCGCAACAAGUGAUGGCUGAGAGGACCACGCGCACAAACAGUUGCCAGUACCAGCUUUUCCAUGGAACUGUAAUAUUCAUGGGGAAUAAAGUCACCUUACUACAGGGUGUCAUCUACUGCCUGUAUUCUAUCAACUCAGAAUAUGCCAAAUAAUGAACCUGAAAUGUGCUUAUUAAAACAGCAGCCUAAACACUUGACUGACAUAUAGCUCUUAUUGAUGUUUCGACUAAGAUUGUGUGGUGAGCAGCAGUAUGAUUGGAUCCUUUUUUUUGCAACAGUCUUUUUCAUUAACUUUUUGUACAAUAAAGUCCUGUUGUUCCA